AGUAACCCUGCCUUUGUGACCUGAGCCUUCGGACUGCACAAACAACGCGUGAUGAACAAAUUGUGCUAGAAUUAGGGGCACAUGUGUUUCACCUUACUACAAGCGCGUUUGUAACUAGUUUCUUAGCCACCAACAUGGCGGAUAGCAAGGACCUUGGUAUGACUACACAAACAAGGCAUCGUCAGAUACAGGAAGACACCAGCCACACCAAGUGUGUUGGCAGCUUCCCGCACACCGUUAUCUCACGGCGAAGCCUACAGGUUACCGAGCAGCCGCGAAAAAAAAUACAUCUUCGUGAUCCAUCCACCAAGCAGUUCUCUCGUGUGGAAACAACAAAACAUGAGCUAACACAACCUGCCGAAGCUGCAGGAGUCGAGGUCGUUUACACAAAAAACAUACACGAAGCUGAGACCUGGUUGAGAACACACAUCACAGAUUGUUCAGCUUCAGCCGUUGGCUUCGACAUGGAGUGGAAGCCUCAGUUCGUAAGCAAGAAGCGUGGAGGCAUCGAGAACAAGACUGCCGUUCUUCAACUGGGAGUCGACACAUCCUGCUUAGUACUGCACCUUCAUCACAUGAAUAAAUUGCCAAAUCUGCUUGUCUCAAUUCUAAAAGACGCCACAGUCUUGAAAGUCGGUAGUGCUAUAAAGCAAGAUGUGUCUAAGCUCAGAAGAGAUCGAGGCUUGGUGUGCUAUGGAAUCGUCGAUACACAAGACGUGGCAAAGUCUCAUUCCUCAUCUACGCAAAAAGUAGGAUUAAAGGCAUUGGCGGAACGUUUUCUUGGUAUCACACUUGCAAAGAGUAAGCGGGUGACAAGAAGCAACUGGGAAAACUUUCCGCUGACCUUGGAACAGAUUGAAUACGCUGCUCUGGAUGCUUGGAUCGGAUUAAAGGUUUACAAAGCAAUGGAACAAAGAGGACUCAUAAGUUCUGACAUCAUCAAUGAAGCAAAACGGCUACGAUUAACACGAUUGAUUAAUUUCUAUUUAAUUUGGUUUGUUGUUUUAUAUUGUUUGUUUGUUUUUUUUGGAGCAAACAAAUCAAACCCAUAAAAAUGGAUGAAGGAGGCACCGAAGCACUUAAAAGGAGGGUCUACUCACAGGCUAGCAGAACUUAUUUUACAUUUUGCAACGUCUUGAUAAUAACUCAAGAAAAUAUACACCAAAUAAUAAGAUAGUAGACGAAGUCAGAAAAAAUUAAUUUUUUGUGUAAUUUGUUAGUUUAAUUCCAAGCAGGCUUUUCUAUAUCUUUCCGACUUUGUUACACCUGCUGCAUAUCGUGUAACAUAACACUGAACAAAUGAAAUGCCUGCUCCUAGUGUCGUCGAUUGUGAUUAUUAAAACCAGAUAAAAAACUAGAAUGAUAGUGAUGAUAAUUAUGUAUUUACCAGCAGAUGGCACACUCUCAAUAUCGAUAAGCUCUAAUGCACUUUACAACACUUUACAGGGGACCUAAGCCAGACCGCAUUGAGCAGUUUACUUUUCUUUCCACAAGAAAUUUGGGAGAUGCACCCAAUUUGUGAACUUUGGAAAAAUGAUCAGACCACAAAACCAGGAGCUACAUUCACUUCCCUUUACAAGAAGUGCAUGGGCUAUUUAACAUCCCCUGCUUACCAUUAAAAUAAUUGUUUCAGUGUGAUUAGGUUACCUCAAGUUUGUACGAUGUAUCUUCAUAUUAAAGGUAUACGGUUGUAUGUUGUUAACAUU